UCACAGAGCAGCAGCAGCUCCGGGAGGAGGAUGACUGUGCGGGUUACUUGAGAGUCUGGAUGUAGAAUAAGUUGCCUGCAGCAGCCUGGACAGAGCAUGUCAUCUGGGGUUACCCUGAACCUCCAUACAGAACAAUCCAUAGGACUUCUAUAACUUCUUCUCCAUCUGUGACCCUCUACAAGCCCUGUCACCCAGGAGCCUCUCCUGUACAGAUAACAUCGGAGCGAUCUAAUAAGAACUGCAGUCUCUACAGAUCGGCGAUCACUGGAUUAGUAGUGUUCUGCUGGGAAAUCACUCCAAUAUUGAGGCUACCACAAUGGCGAGCAAAACACUACCAGCGCCAGUGCCCAUCCAUCCAUCUCUGCAGUUGACCAACUACUCCUUCCUCCAAGCCUUCAAUGGUCUUCCAGUACCUGCAGACCACAUCCCCAACCUGUAUGGCUUCAGCGCCCUGCAUGCGGUUCACCUUCACCAAUGGACUUUGGGAUACCCAACAUUACAUCUCCCCAGAUCUUCCUUCUCCAAAGUACCAGGAGCAUCGAGCUUGAUAGACGCCAGGUUCCAAAUCCCAGGUUUCCCUCUCUUUCCUCAUGUUAUCCACCCCAAACAUGAGUCUACAGGUUUGCCCACAAAAAGCAAACCACGAUUUGACUUUGCCAACCUGGCUUUAGCUGCCACACAAGAAGAUCCUUGUAAACUGGGUCAGCUGGAUGGACAAGGUUCUCCUCCAAGUAUUGGUACUCUCCUAGACGUCACCAAGCUCACGCCCGAGAAGAAACCCACACGUGGGAGGCUACCUUCGAAAACCAAGAAAGAAUUUGUGUGUAAAUUUUGUGGGAGGCAUUUUACCAAGUCCUACAAUCUAUUGAUCCAUGAAAGAACCCACACAGACGAAAGACCCUACACUUGUGACAUUUGCCAUAAGGCAUUUAGAAGACAAGACCAUCUGAGAGACCAUAGGUACAUCCACUCUAAAGAAAAACCCUUCAAGUGCCAGGAGUGCGGCAAAGGAUUUUGUCAGUCAAGGACUUUGGCCGUUCACAAAACUCUUCAUACACAAGUCAAAGAACUAAAACCUUCGAAAAUAAAGUGCUGAACCCCCCCCCACGCCUAAAGACUACUAUAAAUAUAUAUAUCUAUUAUAAACUAUUUAACUCUUGCUAUUUCUACGUUGUACAUAUGAUGAAGACUCUCCUCUGUUACAAGGAACAUUAUGUUUUUUUGCGAGAGGAACUUUCUUGAAAGAGAAUUUUUUUUUGGGAUGAGACGUGGUGCCACCGGCAGACUCUGUGCCAAGAGAGGGUGCUAACAUCAUAGUUUUCCAGCGGAGGCCCCCCCCCCUUCUCUUCUGGAGACGCUGCAGCUCGUACACAUCUGCAGCACAGACUGGAAGGAUCACACUAAAAAAUAUCAAUGCCACCUAACAGAGUUAUUUUUUAUUUCUGGACACUCCCGUCUGUCCGAAACGUUCACACUUGAUGUUUGUCAUAUGUUGAUCUGGAAGGAGUCUCUCAGACAGUCAGUAAUUUCAUUGACACCCCCCCCCCCCCCCACAUCUUCCCUUUUUAUUUGUUUAUUGUUAAUUCUGUUUUCCGGAGAAAGAGAAAAAAAAAAAAAAGUGAAAAUUGUUUUUUUUUCUCACUUUAAACACAAAAGGAAAAAGCAAAUAGCAAAUGUUUAUUUUUUUAUUUUUUUUUUUGUUUUUGUUUUUUGGCACACCGUGUGUAAUAAACGCUUUGCUUCGGUCUGCAUGCUGGAAUGGAGUGGGGCCUCUUACAUUUUCUUUUAUUGCGACUUGUAACGAAUCUCAGAUGAUUGUGUAAACAGAUAACAUUCCAGUUUUUAUUUAAUAUUUUACAUUUUCUUUUGUAUUUUAUAUUUAAAUUUUUUCUUGACCUUUUUUUUCUCUCUCGUUGCAAUAGCUCUCUGGUUGUCUUGGCACUUUAUGCUGAUAUACAAAUUACCACUUGUCACUGGAUUUGUGUAAUAAAAAAGAAAUAUUCGAA